UUUAAUUAUAGAUUAGAAUAAAUGAUUCUAAAUUCACCUGAUUCAGCUGAAAAAUUUAAAGAAUAAGGAAAUGAAUAAUUUAAAUUGAGUAAUUUCUAAAAAGCAAUAGAAUUCUACACUGCUGGUAUAGAGAUUGGUACUGGUAAUAAUUGAUUCAUAACUUAUUUAUAGGUAAUCAACGACUUCUUUGUUUAUCAAAUAGAGCAUUUGCUCAUAUAAAAAUGGAAAACUAUGGUUUGGCUAUAAAUGAUGCAGACGAGAUUUUGAAAGAGGAUCCUAGAUUUAUUAAAGCUUAUUACAGAAAAGGAUCGGCUUAUUUAUUGUUGAGUAAGUUUGAUGAUGCUAGAAAAGAAUUCAAAAAAGUAAAAUAGAUAAUAAAUUUGUAUAGGCAGACUCUCUAACUUAAGGAAAAGAUGAAGAUAUUUAGGCAAAACUAAAAUAAAUAAAAUAGGCAAUAUUUGAGAGAGAAUUUGCAAAAUCUAUAGAAAGACCAGAUGAAGCUAGUGAGCCAAUAGAUAUUAAAGAUAUAUGUGUAGAAUAAGGAUAUGAUGGACCUAGAAUUGAUAAUGAUAUUAGCGAAGUUACACCAGAAUGGUAUGAUUUGUUGAGAUUAUUAUAAGGUGUGAAAAAUUGAUGAACCAUUUCAAAGAUCAAAAGAAAUUACAUAAAAAAUACGCAGUAAUGAUACUAUAAAAGGUUGGAGAAAUAAUGAAAUCAUAAUAAAAUGUAGUUGAAUAUGAUGUUCCUAAGUAAAAAUAUAUGAAAAUUUAAAUAGAGAUCUUGAAUUCACAGUUUGUGGAGAUACUCAUGGAUAAUAUUUUGAUUUGUUAAACAUAUUUAAAAUAAAUGGUAAUCCAUCUAUAAAGAGACCUUAUUUAUUUAAUGGUGAUUUUGUAGAUAGAGGAUCUUGGAGUGUUGAAGUUAUAAUGACAUUAUUUGCUUGGAAAGUAUGCAAUCCAGAUAUAAUGCAUUUAACAAGAGGAAAUCAUGAAAGUAGAAAUAUGAACAAAUUAUAUGGAUUUGAAGGUGAAGUUAAACAUAAAUAUGAUGAUAAAGUUUAUGAAUUAUUCUAAACUGUUUUUACUUAUUUACCAUUAGCUUAUACUUUAUCAAAAUAAGUAAUGGUAGUUCAUGGAGUAUACUUUAUGAUUUAUUUAAAUAUAGGGAUUAUUUUCUAAUGAUGGUGUAACAAUUAAUGAAUUAUAAAAAUUAAAUCGUUUUAGAGAUAUUCCUGAAGGUGGUCCUAUGGCUGAUAUGUUAUGGAGUGAUCCUAUUAAAUAAAAUGGAAGACAUCCUAGUAAAAGAGGUAUUUCUAUCUCUUUUGGACCUGAUAUUGCUCAUAAAUUUUUAAAUGAAAAUGGUUUAUGUAAAAAUAUUUAUCUCUAUUUAAGCUUUACUUGUAAGAUCACAUGAAAUGAAAGAUUAAGGAUAUGAAGUAGAAGCAGAUGGUAGAGUUAUAACUAUUUUCUCUGCUCCAAAUUAUUGUGAUCAAAUGAAAAAUAAAGGAGCAUUUAUUAUUUUUAAAGGGGGUGAAAUGAAACCAAAAUUUGUUCAAUUUGAUGCUGUGGUAUUUUUAGUAUUUUAUCAUUCUCUAGGAACAUCCUAAACUACCACCUAUGGCAUAUGCUAGAAAUUAUGGAAUGUUUAUGUGAAAACACACAAAUUAUUAAAAAUUUAUGUUUUUGUCCAAAAGAAUUAUUUGCAAUAUAUUAG